AGCCGAGGCGCGUCGGCGUCGGGUCGGGGCAGGAUGAGGCGGGUGAAGGUCGUUCUGGGGCACCUGUCCGGCGCGGGGCCGCCGAGCGCCAGCCCGUGCCUGGGCCUCUUCGGGGCCGCGCGCACGGGGCCGCGCGCGGACGACGUGGUGGUGGUGCACGGGCGCCGGACCCCCAUCGCCAAGGCCAAGCGCGGGGGCUUCAAGGAUACAACACCAGAUGAGCUCCUUGCGGCAGUCAUGACAGCUGUCCUUAAAGACCUAAAUCUGAGCCCUGAGAAACUGGAAGAUAUUUGUGUUGGAAAUGUGCUUCAACCUGGUGCUGGAGCUAUAACAGCAAGAAUUGGACAGUUUCUAAGUGACAUCCCCGAGACAGUGCCAUUGUCGUGUGUGAACAGGCAGUGUUCAUCAGGGUUGCAAGCAGUGAUCAACAUAGCUGGUGGCAUCAGAAAUGGAUCUUAUGAGAUCGGCAUGGCCUGUGGAGUGGAAAGCAUGUCUCUGCGUAGCGCUGGCGAUCCUGGGGACGUCAGCCCUCGGAUGGUGGACAGUGCCAAAGCAAGAGACUGCCUUAUCCCAAUGGGAAUAACCUCUGAGAAUGUGGCGGAAAGAUUUGGUGUCUCCCGGAAAAAGCAAGAUGCCUUUGCCUUGGCUUCCCAGCAAAAAGCAGCUCGCGCCCAAAAGUUGGGAUUGUUUAAAAAUGAGAUCGUCCCUGUGACCACGACUGUCAGUGAUGACCAGGGCAACACGAAAACGAUCACUGUGCUCCAGGACGAAGGGGUCAGGCCAGGCACCACGCUGGAGGGCCUGGCGAAGCUGAAGCCAGCCUUCAAGGAGAAUGGGACCACGACUGCUGGUAAUUCCAGCCAAGUUAGUGACGGUGCUGCUGCGGUCCUUCUGGCCAGACGCUCCAAAGCAUCACAGCUGGGCCUUCCUAUCCUUGGAGUGCUGAAGUCUUACGCUGUAGUUGGAGUCCCACCUGAUGUUAUGGGCAUAGGGCCAGCCUACGCCAUUCCAGCAGCUUUGGAAAAGGCUGGUUUGACUGUGAAUGACAUCGACAUAUUUGAAAUCAACGAGGCCUUUGCUAGCCAGGCUGUCUACUGCAUGGAGAAGCUUGGCAUCCCCCUGGAGAAGGUCAAUCCUCUUGGUGGUGCCAUUGCGUUGGGCCACCCUCUGGGUUGCACCGGGACUCGGCAGGUUGUCACUCUGCUCUCUGAGCUGAAGCGUAGAGGGAAGAGAGGGUAUGGUGUGGUCUCCAUGUGCAUUGGGACGGGCAUGGGAGCUGCAGCAGUGUUUGAGUACCCUGGGAAGUGAACUGAACUCCAGCCUGGCUGAAGUUGCCAACUCUCCCAACACCUGGAACGUUCCAGCAACUGAGAACAAGGAAAGGUCCCGCUAGAUGAAUCUGUUCAUAAAUCUGUCUAAUGAAACAGUGCUUAAUGUGCAGCCUGCGAGUGGGUCGCAUCCCACAGGGCUUCCCCUUCCCUCCUUCAUUGCAGACUCUGCUUCCGGCCGAGAUGCUGCCAUGGAACCCGGUCAAUCUGGCAUUGGACUUAACAGGAAGAUGUACCAGCUGUAAUGGAGUGGCACUGAGAAACUUGACACCGCGAGACUUGCCUGUGGCGUGGAACUGGUUGAGCACCUCCCUGGGCACUGGAACCUCAUGAAAUGAAUUGCAUCAUUGGGAGUGGGAUGUAGCGGGCACGGGGUCUGCUUCUAACCAUGUGAGGAGAGAGAUUUGAGUACCGGUCCUUUUGCGGAUGGGCUCCUUCAUGAGUGGUUCAUUGAGUAACAAGGAACGACUGGCACAGAACUGCUGCAGCAGAGCUUGCUUCGGGAAACGGUUCCUGUGGGGAAGCUUAAGGAAAUGGGGGCUCUGCAUUCUGAAGCAAGCACCUGAGUGACAUGGCCAGGAUUGGCAUGUGGCUUGGGGCGUGUCCCACUUAAGCACUUCAGCGCAUUCUAGAGGCUGCCUUUUAAAAAGUGUUUUUAAAGAGAAAAUGAGGCCACAGCCGCUUCUGGCAGCAACAGCUUAAGGCGAUUUGCCAUCAUUCCUGUUUCCAUAUAAGAUCACUGGGAAGCACGGGGUUUCCUCAUCCAUCCUGUCCGUCCUCGUGGCAAUUGAUACCCAUUUGUGGGGGACCGUCAUGUUCCAAAUGGCUGUGGCCUAUUAACAGCUUUUAAAAAUACAUAGAAGGCAGCCCUCGUUUAGAAUAAAAAUGGGCAAGCUCUCAGAAAUGCAUAUUCACUCACAUAUGUAAGAGACUCUAGAAAACGCAGAACUGGCUUGGACUGAAUUCAGAACAGCCGUCCUUUCCCUCUGGCUCAUGCAGGUCACAAAUGCUUCACUGCUUUGUUGAAGAGACCAAACUGAUUCUUUGUUGAUUAAAGACGCUCUAAUCUAAAAUUAGUAAAACAGUUGAGAGACUUGGAAGGAAAGGUUAUGCACUACCAUUCAUGUCAGUUUUCUUGCCUAUUAAAUUCUCAACCUCUUAA